GUGGAGACGCUUUUGAAGGGAGAGGGACUGGAAGUGACCGAGCUUCACUUCGCUCCUGAAGAGAAGAAGCCAGUCACGCGCAAAAACGCAUGCUUUGCUGUCUGCGCGGUCAUCUUCAACUCGAAGGUCGUAUGGAAGAUGGUGAAAGUAUUGAAGAAGCCCUAAAGAGAGAGGUGCAAGAGGAGGCGGGAAUAGACUGUCAGCCAAUCACAUUGCUGCAGAUUCAAGAAAAAGGGCCAAGCUGGAUCCGCUUUGCUUUUCUAGCAGAGAAAACAGGGGGCUCUCUGAAGACGCCAGAAGAAGCAAACGCCGACUCGCUACAAGCUCAGUGGUACGAUCGCGAAUCUCUGCCUAAGAAUAUCCGUAAACGUGACAUUUUCACCCUCAUUGAUGCUGGGAUAAGAUAUCGCCAAAGUCCCUGGUUCUGUGAGUUACAGCCUGUCGACUUUCCCUGUGACAUCGUCUGCCAAAGGCUUCUUCUCGCAUUCACCUCCAGCGACGCUAACCCUGAAAACGCUGAUGAAGAACACAUGUGGCUGUUGCUGAGUAAAGACUCCCAACUUCCUGUUGCGGCCUCCGUUGAAGCACAAACCCUCGCAUUCACAGCAAAAAAGCUGGUUAAGUAUUGCAUGCCGUCCAUUUAUGAGCAGCUAAGUGUGAACACCUGUGGGAUUCUGGGAGUGCAGCACAACGGGAGAGCCCCCGGCCAAACUGAUGGAGUCUGUUUAAACACUCUUGUGCUGCUGGAGUAUAAUGAGGAAGAGGAGGAAAUCAGUCUCAGCAGUCCACCCAAACUAGAGGAUGCUGGUUUCAGAUGGCAUGAAGUGACCAAUCAGAGCCUGAGGACUGAGAUACUGCAGAAGAUUCAGGAAGGCUCUGUCCUGCCUGUUCAGAGCAUAUGAAUGGGAACAGAAUAGCUUCUCCUGGAUUCUUUACUGAAGACGUUUAACACUCAUGGUGCUCUGAAGUGUAUUUUUGCUCUAGCUAUGGUUUUAUUCCAGCAACUUUACCUCAACUAUAUCACUUUCAGGAUUAAUGCUGCUGGCUUACACCAAGUACGAUAAUUAUAACAGUAAUGAUAUAGUUUUAAAAAUUAGAUUAAUUUUAAAUCUAAAAGAAUAAAUGCUAUAACAAUGGCAUAAUGGCAUAUGGAAUCACAUAACUUUUUUCCAGCUGAUUAAUGAUAAUUUUCCAAAUUAAUAUCCAGUCUCACUCAAAAAGUUCUCACAUUAUUAAUUACAUAAAAAUAAGAAAAAUGUUGCAUAAUCAGUAUCACGUUGAGCCUCAUAUUGAUGGUUUUGUCUUA